ACACAUUCUGUGGUGCCUGUGGAGGAACAUCAAAUGUUUCUGUAGGACCACCAGUGUUCAAAGCUACAGCAAGUCUUUGCAAGCUGUCUACACUUCUCUACUUCAGUCUGGAAACACGUCUGCAGUAUAGCCCACCAACCGGCCCAUUUAAAGGAUGAUGGGAGAGAAGCAGUUACUGUCCAUAAUACUAAUGUCUGUGCUGAGUUUACUGACACCACAAACAUCGUAUGGACAGCACUUGGCAGAGGAGUCCUGCACGGUUCAGAUCCUUGUCCCUGGACUCAAAGGAGAACCAGGAGAGAAAGGACAAAAAGGAGCACCGGGGAGACCAGGAAGAGUUGGCCCUCCUGGAGAGAUUGGUCAAACUGGGCUUAAAGGUCAGAAAGGCAUAAUGGGACGUUAUGGAAAAGUGGGCCCGAGUGGAAUGAAAGGGGUAAAAGGAGACAUGGGGGAUCUAGGUCCUGCAGGCCCUAAUGGAGAGCCAGGUGUUCCAUGUGAGUGCACACCAAUGAGAAAGAUGAUCGGAGAAAUGGACAUUCUUGUGACACAGCUCUCCUCUGAACUGAAAUUCAUUAAAAAUGCACUGCCCUCCCCUGCAGCUGUUGCUGGCAUAAAAGAGACAGACAGUAAGGUCUAUCUGUUGGUGAAGGAGGAGAAGCGCUACUCCGACGCUGAGCUCUACUGUCAGACAAGGGGAGGGCACCUGGCCAUGCCCAAGGAUGAGGGAGCCAACUCGGCCAUCGCAGGGUACAUAACCGAAGCAGGCCUGAACAGAGUCUACAUCGGCAUUCAUGACCUAGACCGUGAGGGUGUUUUCACCUACGUGGAUCUCUCUGCCAUGACCACUUUCAGCAAGUGGAGAAAGGGAGAGCCCAACAACGCCUAUGACGAUGAAGACUGUGCUGAGAUGGUGGCCUCUGGGGAGUGGACUGAUGUGGCGUGCCACCCUACCAUGUAUUUUGUUUGUGAAUUUGAAAAGGACAGUGUCUGAGAUCAGUCUGUGUUGAAUGCUGCUUACAUAAUGGAUAAAUAUAAAAAAAGUUACAUGUAUUGACUGUGUGUACUACUUCUAUCUGUAAAUAGGGCGACAAAAUGACAUGCAAGUUUUGCAAAGUAGUUGUUUUUUCAAGUAUUUUCUACUUUUCCUUAUGAGCCUGAAAGCUAUUUAUUUUCUUAAAUCGCAAAACAUCCAGUGUUUUUGUUCUUUUGUAUGAUUGUUACUCCUUUUAAGUACACCCUUAAUCUCCUAUACUCUGUGUUUCAUCAGUGUUUCAUACAGCAUUCCAGGCAAUGUAUAUAGUUUGUAUGUUAUGCAAACUAUCCAACAAGCAACACUUGCAAUUUGGAAUAUCAACCAAAAAAGACAAAUAAGCAAAUGUAGAGUUGUUUGUGCAUAACAUAUAAAAUUAUUCAAAGAUUUUGAUUUCAGUUGCAUGCUUUUAAUCAUAAAAAUUGAAUCAAACAUGCAUUCUGUAUUCAUUAUUGUAUUGAUUAUCGUAGGUUAUGUGGUGGUUGUGAAAUAAAAAUUCACUGAUAAUUUAAAAAGAAUGUGACUUUUUUGUAUUUGGUACCCCUAAGCUGAAUACAUUAAUAUCUAUAGCAGCUGAUACAAAUCUAGCAGUGUAACAGCCUCCACCCAGUGGAUAAAAACUACUUUGUAACAAAUUCUCACACAGGAAUGUAAAGUUAGUAACCUUAACCAUGGUUUAGUUCUGUUUACAUGUUCCAGUAAGCCAUGACAGCUUGACAGUGAGUAGAAAAUGACAGCUAGUAUGAACAAAAACAAGACCCUGAAACUGAAGCAGCAAAAAUUCAACCAUCAUCAUUUGUAUUAUUUACACGUUAAUUUCUUGCUAUAACUUGUGACAGCCUAUGCUCCUGUUUAAAACAUGUCUGCACAUACUGUAGUUACCGACGCUAAAAA